AUGGAUUCAGGAAAGGCAUUCAGUUUCCUGAAAACCAAGAAAACAAAUGCAAAAAGCUCAGGGAAAGAACCUUCUCGUGAAAUUUCCAAGGUUAUACAUCCAGACCUCCAUGACGUGGAUCCUACUUACUGUGUUUUUCAAAAAGACCAUUUUGAACGUGAUGAAGUCAUGCCUUUUCCCGAGUCUCAAUUCAUAGAGUUUAAGCAGUUUGCUACAAAACACAUUGAACAAUAUACGAAAGACACGAUUCUAGAGUAUAUCCCUGCAUUUGCAAACACUGAAGGAGGCUAUCUUGUUAUUGGUGUGGAUGAUGAAAGUAGGAAAGUUCUGGGAUGUGCUAAAGAAAAUGUUGACCGUGGCUCUUUGAAAAAGAAAAUAGAAGAAGCAAUACAAAAGUUAUCUUGUGUCCAUUUUUGCCAAUGUCAGUGCCAGAUAGAUUUCACAGUCAAAAUCUUGGAUGUGUUAGACAAGGGAGAGUUAUAUGGCUAUGCUUGUGUGAUCGGAGUGAAGCGAUUCUGUGGUGCAGUGUUCUCAGGUGUUCCCAGUUCCUGGAUGGUGAAGGAUAAGGAUGUUUGCAGCCUGACAACUGAGGAAUGGCUAAGCAUGAUGGUAGAUACAGAUCCAGAUCUUAGGCAGCUGUGCAAAGACUUUGAAUCUCAGCUGAGCCUGUCUAACAGCCCUCCUCAGAGCAGACCAGUGUACUCCAAGAAAGGUCUGGAACAUAAGAAGGAUCUCCAACAACUCUUAUUUCCAGUGACACCAGGAUGUCUGAAAUACACCCCUGAAUCGCUCCAGAAGGAACUGUUCUUGCAGAAUGAAGGUUUGGAGGAAUUAAUAAAUAGGCAAAUAGACCCAUUCUCCCAGGGAAUUUUAAUCCUUUCUACAAGCUGGGCUGUGGACCUGAACUUGGAAGAGAAGCAAGGAGUCAUCUGUGAUGCUCUGCUGAUAGCGCAGAACAAGCCGCCCAUUCUCUACACCGUCCUCAGGGAGCAAGACACAGAGGGGCAGUCCUAUUGCACUCACGUCGCGUUCACGCUGAAGCAGAAGUUGGUGAACGUGGGAGGCUACACUGGAAAUCUGUGUAUCACGACCAAGGUCCUCCACCUGAGUCCCGAGAGCAGUGCAGAAUCCUCGGCGGGUUCAGGCUCUGUGAUUGAUUACCCCAGUUCCUAUCACCUAGCAGACACUCAGCAAAUGGAAGCCUUGCUGCAGUCGCUUGUGAUCGUCUUGCUUGGCUUCCGGUCUCUCUUGAGUGACCAGCUCGGCUGUGAGGUUUUAAAUCUGCUCACAGCCAAGCAGUAUAAGAUCUUCUCAAAAAACCUGCGCAAGAACAAAGAGUUGUUUAUCCAUGGCUUACCUGGCUCAGGGAAGACGAUCAUGGCCAUAAAGAUCAUGGAGAAGAUCAGGAACACAUUUCACUGUAAGACAAAUGAAAUUCUCUACAUUUGUGAGAACAAGCCUUUGAAGAAUUUUAUCAGGGACAAAGAUAUCUGCCAGGCAGUGACCCGGAAGAGCUUCAUGAAAUAUGACUUUACACACAUUCAACACAUCAUCAUCGAUGAAGCUCAGAAUUUCCGCACUGAAGAUGGGGAUUGGUAUAGAAAGGCGAAAACCAUCACUCAGAGAGACACGGAUUGCCCAAGAAUUCUCUGGAUCUUUCUGGACUACUUUCAGACCAGCCACGUGGAGGACAUCGGCCUCCCUGCUCUCUCAGCCCAGUAUCCAAGGGAAGAGCUCACCAGAGUCGUACGCAAUGCAGAUCAAAUAGCCAGAUACCUACAACGUGUAUUGCAGAGGGUCAGGAAAAAUCCUCCACGUAACAUCCCUCAUGAGCCCCUGAAGAUGUGUCUUGAAGCUAAAUGGGCUCGGGAUGUUCAGGGAACCUUAAGUAUUAAGAAGGACUUAACUCUGAAUGCAGUAGUGACGCAUGUGGCAGACACAUGCAAGCUCCUCUUUGAAAGGGGCUAUUCUCCCAAGGAUGUUGCUGUGCUUGUCAGCACCGCAAGAGAGCUCUUGAAAGCAAUGAGAAAGAAAAGGAUAGUGUGUCUCACCAAUGCGAGUGACAUGGGGGGUGAUCACGUUGUGCUGGACAGUGUCCGAAGAUUCUCAGGUCUGGAAAGGAGCAUUGUGUUUGGGAUCCAUCCAAGCACCGUGGAACCAGCUAUCUUAUACAACAUUCUUGCCUGUCUGGCAUCCAGAGCGAAUCAACAGCUACAUAUUCUGUGGCAGCGUGACGUUUGA